AUGGACAAAAAACAAGCUGAAUCAGCAGCUGCAACUACACCAAAAAAUGAGAAUCUACUGGCAGCAACAGCCAAGGGGGCAUCCUAUUUGAUCUUGCUGCAGUUUCUAUCGCGUAUGCUGACAUUUUCACUAAAUCAAAUCGUGCUAAGAUACAUAUCCAAAGAGACAUUCGGUAUAGCAUCAGUCAAUCUCGAACUCUUGUCAUCCACCAUUCUGUUCAUCUCUCGAGAAGGCUUCCGUUCAGCUCUCAUUCGGUCCAGUAAAAACCAGCAAUCCAUCCUCAACUUGGCCUACAUCCCAACGCUGUUUGGGUUGGUGACCACAUUGAUUACCUGCGCUUACUACCUGUCAACCAUCACCGAAGAGCAAUCGACACAGUUUCCUUAUUACCGCAUGGCUGUCAUGCUGUACGGUGCAGCAUCAUUUUUGGAAUUGGCAGUGGAGCCAUUGUUUGUGUUGGCAUUGAAUCAGUUGUAUUUCCAGCUUCGAGUCACUGUGGAGGGAGUAGCUGUCAUUUUGAGAUGCUUGAUUACAUUUGGAUUGACACUCUACUUUGCUGGAAACGAGAAACUGAGUAUCUUGGCUUUCGCAAUUGCACAGUUUGUGUUUGGAUUGGCCAUGAUGUUGGGCUACCUGGGAUUCUUCAUGUACAAGGAGAAAUCUAUUCAAAAGUUGCUACCGCAGAAGAUCACAGACGACGAAAAGAAAAGUUCAUAUUGGUUUGACAAAACUCUAUUGAACUUGGGUAUCACCAUGACCAAGCAAUCUUUUUUGAAACAUGUAUUGACAGAGGGAGACAAGAUGCUGAUUUCAGUGCUAAGCUCAAUGCAAGACAGAGGCAUUUAUGCGUUUGUAGUAAACUAUGGCUCUCUGAUCGUUCGAAUCUUGUUCCAGCCGUUAGAAGAGACUGGCAGAACUUUCUUUUCGAAGCUACUAUUAUCAUCAGAUGAGACCACGGACGAAAAGAAGAAACAAGCAAACGAGCAAACUGCUGCCAAUGUCCUCUUGAUACUGAUCAAGUUCCAUGUGCUUCUAGGCCUGAUUUUCAUCUGCUUUGCUACCAACUACACAUCCACAUUGAUUGACUUACUGGUAGGCAAGAAAUGGUCAGUAGGCGAAGGUGAUGCCCCGGGAGUACUUGCCAUGUACUGCAUCUAUAUUCCCUUUAUGGGCAUCAAUGGCAUCACCGAAGGUUUCGUGCAAGCAGUUGCUAGCAAGAAAGAUUUGACCAGAUUGAGUUAUUUCAUGCUCUUGUUCUCGGUGUGCUUUAUGACCUCCGGGUUUGUAUUCAUGCAUCUCUUAAAACUGGGUGCCACUGGAUUGAUAUUGGCGAAUAUGGUAAAUCUUGCAAUUCGCAUCAGUUAUAGCUGGCAUUUUAUUCGUAAAUACUUUGGGGAACAUGUUACGCUCUCUGUGCGUCAAUGGAGCCCACAUGUUGCAACGCUUGCUUCUUUUGUCUUGGCCUGGUUUGUGACCCAUUGGUCCAAAAACAACUUUGGAUGGUACACGCUCAAGGAAAAGGGCCUACAUAUCACAGUGGGAGGCGUAUGCUUUAUCCUGGUCUCCAUCGUCAUGCUCUGGAAGGAAAAGUCUCUGAUCAAUGAUGUGAAACGUUUGAAAACUCAAAAGUACGAGUAA